CGGCGCCGCGCCCCCGCCUUUCUCUCCUCCCGCCCUCCUCGGCCGCCGAGGGGCGGGGCGGCGGCGCUCCGGCGGCAGCAGCAGAGCAGCAUCAGUAGCGAGCAUGUCGUCGAGCAGGGCCAAGAAAGUGAAGAUGGCCACCAAGUCGUGCCCGGAGUGCGACCAGCAGGUUCCUGUUGCAUGUAAAUCGUGUCCCUGUGGCUACAUAUUUAUUAGUCGAAAACUCCUGCAUGCUAAACGUGCAGAGAGAUCGCCACCCAUUACAGAAAACAAGAGUGAGGCCAAGAGGAGACGGACAGAGAGAGUUAAGCGAGAGAAGAUAAAUUCUGCGGUAAAUAAAGACUUAGAAAACCGAAAGAGGUCGAGGUCUAACAGCCAUUCAGAUCAUAGCAGACGAGGAAGAGGAAGACCUAAGAGUGCCUCAGCCAAAAAGCACGAGGAAGAAAGAGAAUUUGAAGCUUCCCUGUUUAUUAUUGAUCUGAACUGAACUCUGUCUACGUGCACUGUAGGAUCAUUUCUAGACACUCUUCUGAGAGUCUAAUUCAUGCACAGCUUUGGUUUGAAAAUUCUGCAAGCUUUUUGAGUUGCCUUCUGAGAGUAAGUUGUUUUUUUCAUAUCCCAUGAAACAUAGGAAAGCAAUCUAAGCAAUCAAAAGAGGAAAUCCAUUCUGCAUGCAUGUUUUGUAGUGUCUUAAAAGCAAUAAUUUGAAAGCAUGAGGAAUAUCUAGAAAACUAGGCCAAAUAUUUUUGACCUCUUGCUGCAUACUGUGGAGUGUGUGAGAAUAUACCAGUGCUCUGAGAUGGAAAAUGAGAAAUAUAGAUGUAGUGAGGCCUUUAUGUAAGAAUGCAGAUGCAUGCAUGUGUGGGGUUUUUGUUGUUAUUGUCACGUGUCACUUAAGAUUGCCUUCAUCUACUUGAUCUUUAAUGGAGCUGUGACUACUGUACCAGCUCUGCAGAAGAGGUCAAAGAAGAAACAGCAGCAGAGCUUGAGUCUGUGCCUCCUUGAAAUACAUUAGCUCAUCCCUAGUACAACACACUUAGUUGGCUAGGAAUAAGUGGGCGUAUGAUCUUUCCUACUUCUGGUUAACGUACAAGUGAAAAAAAAUAGUCAAUGAUCAGCUGCAAUGUCUAUAAAAAUGAAUUUGGCAGAGCACUCCUCAUAAUAUAAGAGAUUUCUCUAAAACAAAUUAACACUGAAAUUUCCAUUUUUGUGGUUUAUAAAAUUGGCUGAACUGUUAUGUGGGGAGUAAUUAGUGGAAAUAUAAAAAAUAUUCUUUCUUUUCUGGUCUUGCUGCUUGAUGGUGUUUUUUUAUGUGGAAGCAUACUAAGCAACUGUAAUUCUUCUGCUCCAGAUGAGGUGAUUUUUGUGUGACCUGCUCAACUAUCAGCGCACUGAGAGCGUUUGAUGUCAGGUUGGGUAGGACUUCGAGCAGUGCUAACCUUGUGAAAGAUGUCCCUGCCUAUGGCAAGAGGGAUUGCACAGAUAACCUUUGAGAGUCCCCUGCAGCCCAAAUCAUUAUUUGAUUCUUUGGAAGCUGGCUCUGGGUUAUCUUGAAUUAGAUAUUAAGUACUUUAUUUCCUUUGAUUAUAUAUUGGUGGGACAUUUUGGGUACGGCUUGAUUGCCACCAGUGAUUGUGUUCCUUUUCUCUUUUUUUCUGCCAAAAAAAAAACCUAAAGAAAUAAAAAAAAAAAAAAAAAAAAAAAAGUCAAAACUGGAAAAAAAAGCCACUGCUUGUAAGUUUGUAGGUACUUGGUUAGGCUUCUGCAUUACCUUUCGGGUGGACAAAGAACACCUAAAUUAGAAUAGCAGGCAGAUAUUUUGUCUGUCUGAAGACCACCCAGCUGUGAAAAUUUCCUUCCUGAAGACAUCUGUAGCUUUGCUUCUGUGAUUGCUUAAUACUCUUUUAAUAUGUAGUAUGCUUUCCCCCUGUUAUGUCUGCGCUUUCGGCCAGUUCUUUUGUUUCCUUCCUGACUGGUUCACAUUAGAGCUGCAGAAUUAAGCAUCAAUUAAGAGGAAUGGGGGAUUCAAAAGGGCUUUUUAAAAUAAUCUCUUUUUCCUCUAGAUUCAGUAAGAAGGAGUUGGGGAGGGGAAGAGAGGAAGAUGACAUAGAAUGAGAGGAUGUGGUAGAGGGCUGGGACCCAAAGGAGAUGCUUCUGUCAUGUUUCAAAGUGAUGUGAUAACCCUGGGAAAUAAGAACUCCUCAAUAAAAGCUUGAUUUUUGUCAGGAUUGUCAGUGUUUGUUUUUUUUUUUUUUUUUUGGUCAAGAUCUGCAAUAUAUUUUGUAAACAAAAACACUUCAUAAUAAUCUGCUAUUGAUUUUGCUGCUGUUGUGGCAUAAGCUGAUUUUGCUAUGUGGGGCUGCAGUGCAGAGCUGGGCUGGUUCGCAGGCCGCCUUCUUAUGUACAUAACAGCUUUGCUGUUUACCAGCUGUGAGUCUUAUUACAGAUAUUUAUGUUUCAGUACCCUGAUACUGUUUCAGCUGAAGUAGUAAAAUAGCUUGAACAAAGUUUUCCCUUCCCUGCAAUUUGUUAUUCUGUCAUUUGUGCGUUUGAUUACUCAGGGUGCACGGUUGAAGUAGUGCUGUCUCGGAUAGAAAGAAUUCUUAGAGUCUCAGCACUUUGGAUUUUGAAUCCAUGCAAAAUUUAUGAGGGAGCAGAGUCCACGUUUGAUUUAUGCACAGGGGACAAUUUAAAGGUCCAUGGGUCCAGAACAUUGCAUAAGAUCUAGGAAUGAUUCUAGAAAGACUGAGUAUUUUCACCUAAGUAUCCUCUUUGUUGUACGGAAAGGACUUGAUAUUUUUAAUGUAUUACAUAAAUGGUAUUGUGAUUUUGUAAGACAGUCUUUUGCUAAUAAUAGAGAAGUGAGUCAAAACUACUUUCAGAUAGGAAUGUGAAGUGGAAAGUUUUGAUGCUGUCUGUAGAAACCAUGGUAUCCUAUGAAUAGCUUAUAACAAAAUGUCAGCCAGAUGCAAGUUCUUCUCUAGUUGCUGAUGAAAAAUGAAAUGAUCUUGAUGCAUAAAGCUUACAAACUCGUGUUAAUCCCCAAUACCAUUUGAUAUAAAGAUUUCAGUGGAUUCUUUGAAGUGGAAGUUUCUCGAGACUGGCUUGCACACCAGAAGGGGCAGGAAGGAAGGGAAAUCUUGGGAAAUCUGCUUGGCCAAGUCGUCUGAAAUCUAUUAACAUUAAAUGGGGCGAGGGGGGAUGUUUUUAAUUUUUCUGUGUUCUGACAUUCUGGGUUUGUUGGGAUGAGGAAGUCUGGGGGAAAAAAAGAAAAAGGAGAGGCCUUUAGAUAAGAAAACGGGAAAGGUUAAUAUGAAAUGAGUAGUGUGUGCAUAGUGACUGUACUGAGAACAACUCAUUUUUAUAUUUAUAAAU